GUGGUUAAAAAAGACAGUCGUCAGUUUGUGGCCCGGAGCUAUUGGGACGUUCUGAGGCGCGGCGCCAGUCAAGCCCUGUUCUCAGACCUGGCAGAGCGUGCGGAGGAGGGUAUGAUGAUUGACACCACACUGCUGGUGCACUUCUUUGGGAAGAAGGGGAAGGCGGAGCUGACUUUUGACGACUUCUACAGGUUCAUGGAUAACCUCCAGACAGAGGUUUUGGAGAUAGAGUUCCUGACCUACUCUAAAGGCAUGACCACCAUCAGUGAGGAGGACUUUGCCCGCAUCCUGCUGCGUUACACCAACAUAGAGAACAUCAGCAGUUACCUGGACAACGUCCGCCAGAGCAUCCCUGAUGAGAAGAGACAACAGGGCAUCACCUUCGACGAGUUCCGCUCCUUCUUCCAAUUCCUCAACAACCUGGAGGACUUUGCCAUCGCCAUGCAGAUGUACAACUUCGCCAGUCGCUCCAUUGGCCAAGAUGAGUUUGGGCGGGCUGUGUACGUGGCCACGGGCCUGAAGCUGACACGUCACCUGGUCCACACCAUCUUCAAGAUCUUUGACGUGGACCACGACGACCAGCUGAGCUACAAGGAGUUCAUCGGCAUUAUGAAGGACCGGCUGCACCGCGGAGGGAGGGGCUACAAAACCGCAGAGCGAUUCACUUCCUUCAAGUCCUGUAUGAAGAAGGAGCUAGCUGGCAGCAGGUGAACCGGAAACAACAUGCCUCCUUCCCCAUCUGCCUGCGUGCCGAGGCCAGGAAACAGGUCCGCCAACUCUAGAGGAGGUUCCAGGCUAGGGUUUAAAGAAGGAGGAAGAGGAUGAUGACAAGAGGAAGAGGAGGUUCCAGGCUAGGGUUUAAAGAAGGAGGAAGAGGAUGAUGAGAAGAGGAGGAUGAAGAAGUGGAGGAAGAUGAGGAGAAUAGGAUGACGAAGGUGAGGAUGAAGACAAGGAAAAGAGAUGGAGGGGGACUGGAGGUGAAGGAUUCCAUGAACAAUCUGCAGGGGAACAUUGUGGUUUUAAGACAUCGUUCUCAGCCACCAUCCCCUCCACUAGCAUGCAGAGAAGCUGCCGUUUUGCAACAGACAUCUCAUUGGUUUCAGUUCUCCUGUUUUUCCAAUCGUGGAUCAAUUCCGCAAUCCAUUUUCCUCCCAUUGCAAGUAGGCCAGUGAUGUAUAGCCUACACUACUGCACCUAGUAUUUAAGCAGUACUCGCCAAACAUUUGAAAAGCACAAAAAAAUGACAGUUUACAGAAAGUUGUAACUAAUCUCUGAUUACUCAUAAUAUAGAACGAUUUAUGCUUUUUAAAAAAAAUGCUCGUAUUACAUUAAGGUUUGUAAUAUAAUAAUAUAUAAUAAUGGUCAAAUAAAGACUGUGACUUACAUUACAGUAAGAGCCUGCAUGGUCAAGUGUAGUAUCUGUAUCAAAUGCCUUUACCAGUGAGAGAAAGGUAUGGGAGAAGGAAGAGAAUCUUAAUGUCUUAAUCAUGUAUUUUUCUAUUCAUGUUUUUUUCCAGUUUACACAGGCCUACUUGCAUAUAUUCAGCAGCAAGUUUGGUCAUCUGGCUAGAUAAUAAAGAUCAAUACAUAGCCUACAAAUGCAAUGAAUUCUACAAUGAAGCAAUAGUAGUUAAGUUUUUGAAAUGCUUGCAAUUGAUGAUCUUCCAAAUGAGAGAAAGAGAGAGCAAGAUCAUGAUAUUCCUUUAAGACUCCUUGUCUUCUGUCUGUUGUGUGUGUUGUGUGUGUUACGCUUGUAAUGAUUAGGCGGGGAAGAAGUCUAACUUUUUUUCAUGUGUGCCUUGUUUUCUACAUGUCUUCCCUGUCAAAACUAAUUCCAUUCCAGCAACAAAUUUAGUUGAAAAUGUACCUUUUCGGAAAGCAAAUUGCUGACCUGCCCUCCUACCAGUGUACUGUGCAACCUAGGUUUCCUUGAUUCACUAUGUAAUUGACCAACAUUUCACCUCAAUUGGUAAUGAUUAUAUUUAUUUAUUGAAUUAUUAAUCUGUUUGUAAUAUAAAUCUACUUAACAGCAAUAUUAUGAGCAGACGUUUUGAUUUUAAGUUUGGACCAGUAAGCAUGAUAGUGAUUUAAUUAUGUUCAACGAUUCAAGGUGAAUCUCUGUAUUUAGUUUGAAUAUUAAAUAACUUAAAUGGUUUGACUUAACUGAUUUAUAGUUACUCUGCGUAUUUGCAUUAUAUUAGACGCUAUAGAACAUAUAAACACAUUUCUCGACCAUUCCCUCAACCAAGCGGUGAAGUGUGUGGUUGGUGUGAAAAUAACUUGACAGAAUGCAAGUGAAAAGUGUGAUGAAUGCACGAAUAAAGACUUUUGAAGGAAACGGAG